UCUCCCACAGACCAACCCUCUGCUUGCCUGGGUUGACCCCCGCUGGGAGAACCUGGGGAGAAUUGCUCCCGCCUCCUGUUCUUCCUUCUCGAGGAGGCACCGUACCUCCCUCCCUCUCCCCCCCGCCGCCGCCGCCGCCGCUCUCCUGCUUCUCUCGCCUCCUCUCAUUCAUGCAGAAGAGGAGGCGCUCAGCCAGGCGUAGCUUUUUUUUACACAUUCCCGUCAGGAGCAGGUGGGAACGGAGGAGAGCGCCGCCAGCUCCUCUCGGCAGAGCGGGGAGGAUCGGUGACGGAUAGGGAGUGGAGGUUUGGUGUGGGGAGGGAUGGCUGGCAGCCUGUUUGGAAGGCUCUCUCUGGAGGAAGGGGACUCUGCCAACUCCUUGGAGGGCCUGGAUAUCAAGCUGGGGGGGGAAGCCAUGCAUCAGGCCCUGGACACGCUGAGUGACAGCACAAGCUCAACAACUGCCAACGACCUGGACCUGAUCUUCCUGAAAGGAAUCAUGGAGAGCCCAGUGGUGAGAGCCGCCACAUACCCAAGUCUGCACAGUUCAGCACACGAGAGGUUUGAGGAGCCCAAGCUGGAGGCUGUGAGCGAGAACAACGUGGAGUUGGUCCAGGAUAUCCUCAAGGAGCUCAGCCCGCUCACACAGAGAAACCAGGUGGCAGAGGAGCUGGUUCGCAUCCUGAAGGAGCCUCACUUCCAGUCUCUCCUGGAGACCCACGAUUCUGUGGCAUCAAAAAACUACGAGACUCCUCCUCCCAGCCCCUGCUCCUUCAUGGAUCCAGCUCUGAACAACCAGCCCGUUCCUCCUGAUGCCGUCAGGAUGGUGGGAAUCCGUAAAGUGUCUGGCGAGCAUUUGGGAGUGACUUUUCGCGUCGAGAACGGCGAGCUGGUGAUCGCCAGGAUCCUCCACGGCGGCAUGAUCGACCAGCAAGGCCUGCUCCACGUGGGCGACAUCAUCAAGGAGGUGAACGGGAAGGAGGUGGGGAACGACCCCAAGGUGCUGCAGGAGAUGCUGAAGGAGGCCAGCGGCAGCGUGGUGCUGAAGAUCCUCCCCAGUUACCAGGAGCCUCACACGCCACGACAGGCCUAUGUGAAGUGUCACUUUGAUUACGACCCGACUCACGACAACCUGAUUCCCUGCAAGGAGGCGGGGCUUAGCUUCAGCAGCGGAGAUAUCCUGCAGAUCUUCAACCAGGAGGACCCAAACUGGUGGCAGGCGUGUCAUUUGGAAGGAGGCAGCGCCGGCCUCAUUCCCAGCCAGCUCCUGGAGGAGAAGAGGAAAGCUUUUGUGAAGAGAGACCUGGAGCUCGCCACCUCAGGUCCUCUGUGUGCAGGAAUGGGUGGAAAGAAGAAGAAGAAGAUGAUGUAUUUGACCACUAAGAAUGCCGAGUUCGAUCGGCACGAGUUGCGGAUCUAUGAGGAAGUGGCCAAAGUUCCGCCCUUCAGGAGGAAGACGCUGGUUCUGAUCGGAGCGCAGGGCGUGGGCCGCCGGAGUCUGAAGAACAAGCUGCUGGUGUCGGAUCCGCUGCGUUAUGGGACCACCGUUCCCUUCACCUCCAGGAAGCCGAAGGUGGACGAGAGGGACGGUCAGAUGUACUCCUUCAUGACCCGCAGCGAGAUGGAGUGCGACAUCAGAAACGGGCGUUUCCUGGAGCACGGCGAGUACGACGGAAACCUGUACGGCACCAAGAUCAACUCCAUCCACGAGGUCAUCGAGACGGGAAAGAUCUGCAUCCUGGAUGUCAACCCACAGGCUCUGAAGAUCCUGCGGACGUCGGAGUUCCUGCCCUACGUGGUUUUCAUAGAAGCUCCGGACUUCGAAGUCCUCAAAGCGAUGAAUCGAUCAGCGAUCGAGUCGGGAGUGAUCACCAAACAGUUAACGGACUCGGAGCUGAAGAGGACGGUGGACGAGAGCGAGCGCAUCAAGAGAGCCUACGGACAUUACUUCGACCUUUGCAUUGUGAACGACGGUCUGGAAAUGGCGUUCCGCGGCCUGCGGUCGGCGCUGGAGAAGCUGUCGAUGGAGCACCAGUGGGUCCCGGUCAGCUGGGUGUUCUGAAAGAGCUCGCCAGCAAAGCCAAUCAGAUGAGAGGACGAUUCGUUCCUGGGUGGAGGGGGGGGAGGGUGUCCUCGCCACAGCGAGGACCCGAGCAUCACAAUCCUGUGCAAACGACCAGCCUCAUGUAGAGCAUUUUUGUACAAACUUCCUCUGUUGACCUAAUGUCAAAGUCGUGUUUAGUUUGACAGAAAUUCUUCUGUUGAUCAUCAGGUGUGGUGCAAUAGUGCGAGUGAUCGUCUGUAGGUUUCCGGGAGGUCAUCUUUAGCCUUUCUAGUGUGACGUUUACAUCUGAUCAGUGGGGCUGAGUGAGACCAGACACCAAAUGUGGCAUUGAAUAUUUUUAAAGCUGUUGUAUGAUUUUUUUUUUUUUUGUGCUUAAUUGUGUGUCUGCUGAUUUGAAAGCCGACCAGCAAUAGAGAACUGAAGAUACAUGCAAUACAUUCACCGGAACACAGAGACAGCGGCCUGCCGGCAUACUUUCUACACAUCAGUACAAACGAGCGUUUCUGUCUGUGUAACAGAGGUUUUGACCAUUCGUAGCACUCGUGCUGCGUUCACACCGGGCUGAUGACAUCAUCAACAGUCGACGGUCAUCUAUGCUAGCGCUUAGCUGUUAGCGCGUGGUAAAAUACCAUAAACAAUAGACGUAUAUUGUGACUGGACGAAGCGGGUGUGAGAAUGCUUUACUUCCAACUCUAUCAAAGUAAAGCCAAUUCAGUCACCAUGUUUCCACCAUAUGGGCGUCGCCAUUUGGAGCCAGACGAUUGUGAUUGGUCCGAGUUGAGUUACAGUUCUUGGGAACUAAGGUCACCAAUCAUGAGCUGAGUUUGUUACAAGUCACACUAAAAAAGGACUCGGUAGAAUCUAACAUUCGAGGUGGGGGUCAGCAGGCACCACAUGCUUUCACCGAGGAAUCUGAUUGGUCAGUUUAUAACUUGAAUAACUUGCGAUAAAGAAAGAAUAGGGUUAAAAAAUUGGGAUGUUAAGAAAAUACAUCAGAGCAAAAAUGGUUAUUCUGACUUAUAGCUGUUGACCACUUGGAGCAAACAGGUACUUCCUGUUUGGAACGCCAGGGGGGAGGAGUCGAGCUGUACAGUGGAAAAUAUAUAACAUUAGCUUUAUAACUUUAAUAAGUCAUGCAAAACCGAAUUCACAAAUUACAUUAAUAAAAUACUAACAUUUCUGAGCUUCAGAGCACACACGUGCAGAAAUGCGUUUCAAGGAUAGCCACCCCUAAGUCCCUACGGCUCCACUUU